AGACGCCGCUCGUAAACACAAGAAGGAGCUGACGUGUUGUAGAGAGGCGCCGAGACGUGGCUUUUUUUACGGGCUUUAAAUAUCAAAUCCAUGUGAUUAUAGUCAUUUAUGAUAACCGAGUGAAGAGCAAGAGGCAGGAUGGAAGCUUCGUACAACUCGCGGUGUCCAGCUGUGAAGCGAUUGUUUCGUGAAGCAAAAGAACUGCAUGAGGCAACAGAAGAAUAUUAUGCUCAGCCCCUUGAGGACAACCUUUUUGAGUGGCACUUCACGGUUCGUGGACCUCCAGACACAGAGUUUGAUGGAGGGAUAUACCAUGGUCGUAUUAUCAUGCCUGCUGAUUAUCCCAUGAAGCCACCAAAUAUUAUAUUCCUAACGCCUAAUGGAAGAUUUGAAACAAAUAAGAAGAUAUGUCUGAGUAUCUCAGGACAUCAUCCAGAGACAUGGCAGCCCUCAUGGAGCAUUAGGACGGCACUUUUGGCUAUUAUAGGCUUCAUGCCAACUCCUGCCAAUGGCACUAUUGGUUCACUGGACUAUACAGCUAAAGAACGUGCAAAGCUUGCUAAAAAAUCACAGGAAUAUGAGUGUCCAGAUUGUGGUUGCAUCAAUUCUCUGCUGAAGGAGAGGACAGGAGACAAUAAAGAUUUACAACAAGAAGCUCGAGAAGUCAUGAGCCAGUGUGCGGUUACAAUCAAGACUGAUACAAAAAAUGGUAAUGAUCAGGCCUCAGGUACUGCUGAUUCCUCAAGCACCACAAGUAAAACAGAGGAAGCAGACACAGAACGUAGUUUCCCAGCAGAUGGAGAAGACGCGACAAUUGCUGCUGAAACCCAAGGGAGUACCAACCCAGAAUCAAAGGCAUCAGCACCACAAGCUACCAGUCAGACAACUCUUCCCGGCAAUCACUUGGUAAACAGGAAUCAGGGUGCCACAGCUAUUGAUCCAGCACCAGAGAUGCUUAUGGAAGGUGUUGCACCUCAUAAUGCCCAGACAAAUCCUGUGUCCUCUGCUCCAGUUUCCAGCCCAGGUUUUAUCUAUAAUAUGGUCUUGUCAGCUGCGAUAGUCUUAUUCAUUGGUCUUGUAAUGCGUAGAAUAUUCCUUUUGGAAGGAGAUACAUCAGAGGAGCUGGAUGAUUUGCUACUUUGAACUGUAUCACUUAACAUUCUUUUCAUUUGUGAUAGUAAGUUUCACCACUAUUUUUCAAUGGUCUUAAAUGGAGUUGUCUCUGUUAUUCUGUAUAUAAUAUUUAAGUCAAACCAAAUGGUUAUAAUAGUAACUUCCAGUACUUUGCAUAUAAACAUCUACCUGUAAAUGGUUCUGUGACCUGGUCUCUCCUUGAAGAUGUAGAUUGCCAAUCAGUAAAGUUUUAAUGUAUUUUGAAUAAUGCUUUCCAUUAUUUCCCCAUUUGGCCACUUGCUAAGGAAAGUUGCUCUCAGUUCAAUUCCUUGUGUAAAGAAAGUACAUAGGUUGUGAGUGAAAAUGUUAAUUCCUCAUAGAAGAAGCUUAGUAUUGGUUUUAAUUACAUAACAAAGAAGCCAGUUACUGCUUUUGUGGAAUGUUAGUGAUAAAUUUGAGUUUUCAUACCUCAUCCAUAGAGGUAGAAAUCUUUAAUUUAAUAGAGAGGUGUCUGUAAAGGGUUUCAGCACUUUUUGCUGUUCUCAUGAAAUAUUUCAGUCAUAAUGCUUUAUAAUGCUCAAUAUAUUAGUUAACCCUUCAUUGAAUAAAUUCAGUAAACCUGUAGUAGUCUCCCAGUUUACUAAUAUAAUAAGUAGAUAUUAAGGAGGUGUAUUUUCCUUCUAAGAUAUGUUUGUUAAUCAGUUCUUUAUAGUGUGAAUGAACUGGGUUGUUUGACAUCAGUAAGUAUAACACCUAUAUGAUGCAGAGGAAAAUCUUUUAAAGUUAUUUCUUUCUAUCUCUCUUUGUGUCAAAAAUUAUAGCUUAGGUAGUAAGCAGAUAUAUUUUUGAAUAGUGUAUGAAUGUAAGCAGGAUGUAACUUGUCAUUCAGGUAAAGAAUUGAAUGUUUUCAUAACCAUGAACAAAUCCUAUCAGAAAAACUGAUUAUUCAAAUACUACAUUAGGAGUGACUGAGAAGAAAAUGCAGUAAUGGGAACUUAAUCAUUGCUGAGUAGCAUUCUAUACUAUUUUACUCCAGUUUUCUAAUUAUGAAAAUAAGUCUUAUUGCCAUCUAAAUAUGUGAAAUGUAGUCUUAGUGUAUAAAUGAUACAUCUGUUAUGAAAAUGAAAUUUUAAAAGAUCCUUAUUAGACUGCAGUUAUCCUUUUUUUAAUAUUGUAAUUUUAGGAAUAUUUAAGAUUCUUAAACAUCCAAAUGGUUCUUUAUUUUAUGAGAAAAGAAACAAUUAUUUUUUAUUUUAGACUUAGCUGAAGGAAAAUUAUACUGAUACACGUAGUAGUCAUGAAUAUUACUUUUUAAUCAAAGCUACUGUUGAUAUUUGUAUACAUACAUAUAGCCAUUCACACACACACACACACACACACACACACACACACACACACACACUCACUCACUCACUCACCACCACACACACACACACACACACACACACACACACACACACACACACACACACACACACACACACACACACACACACACGUUCAUGACCAUACAUAUAUUUAAGCAUAUUCAUGCACAUAUAGGCAUCAAUAACAUAUAAAUAUCUGUUUCAGUAUGGUGUGUGUAACAGGCUAACAGAGCUUUCUCUAUGUUGAACUAAACUUCCACAAUCCUAUGGGUUUACAUGGUGCAGAAUAAGCAUAGUGUAAAAGGCAGAUACAUUUUAACCAAAUUAUGGUAGUUAGUCAGGAAACAUUGUUCAAUAUUCACGUAGUGCUACAUCAUAUUUUUUUUUACAGUUCCCAUAUAACAUUAAACUGCUACCUGCCUUCUACUGGCAUAUAAGCCAAAGGAGGAUGUGGCCUUAUUUUCCACUUUGAUUUAAGUGAUAUACAUAUAUAUAUUUUGAAAACAAAAAACUAAUUAUUACUGGUAUUUCUCGUAUAUAUAUAUCCAUCCUUGAGUUAGAACAUUAUAGAUGGUAUCAGUAAGGCAAGUAGCAUUAUUAGAUUUAACUCUAUCCCAGUGUAUGAUUGGGAAUGUUUUCCCUACAUGGGCACCAUUUGAACAUUAGUGGAAAGGAAAGAAUUUUCUGUAUUUGUUGUUUAUAUUAAUGGACUAUUGGUAGAUGGGGCCAUGGCUUUAUAUGUCUAGUCAUAUAUUCAAAUAUAGAAAGGCUCAUAUCAGUAAUAGUGAAUGUAUGAGGUACAAGAUUUUUGAUUUUGUUUUUGGGGAGUUGGUGACAUAUUUGCAAAUAAAUUUCUGAGUGUUAUCUUGUCAGUGAUGCAUGCCAAUAAGUGAUUUGAUGUCAUUCUAAAAGAAAAAAAAAAGAGAUUGUACAAAACAAAAUGUGUAUAUUUAUUAUCUUAUCAUUUUGAAAAGAUAAAAUGGUAUAGUUAUGCCAGGAUAUUCUGUCUAUUUUACAAAAAAAAAUCUGAUUUAAAAUCAACAUUGUGCAAAUAUUACCCUAAUUUAACCUGUAACUAAAUAUGACUAUACUCCUUGUUUCAUUGAUAUCACUUUUUGGCUGAAGUUACUAUGGUUAAAGGAAAAUGGGUGAAUAUUAAUAACGGGAUUAAUUUUAUUGUUAAUGGAAAUUCAUGGACCAUAAUGUUGAAGGAUUACAUGUAUUAUUAUUGUAUCAAAAUAUAUUAAUUAAAAUGUUAUUUGAUUUCCCCAUGUAGUUGCAAUAAAGACAAAUGUUAACCUAUGAA